AUGGCUGAAGAUGAUAUAUCGGUCGUUGAAGUCCAUUACUACGGGAUGUUCAUCAGCAAACCAUUUAUCUAUUUUGAUACAGAUAAAAAGGAGAUAUUGUACGCCGAUUUCAGGGAGAAGGAUGGCCAAACAUUGUGUCAAGGAUUGGCCACAUUGCAGAACGAAUAUGAUUAUCAUGAAUUUCUUGAGUGUCUUCAUGAGAAAAAGAAAGUAACUGUGUAUGUGGACCAUAUGCAUGAACCCCUGUUUGAGUGGAUUGAAAUGGAAGAGCUUGAAGUUGAAGAUGAUACCAACUCCAAUGCAGAUGAAGAUGUUGAUUCAAUGUUACUAGAUAAAGAGUGUUGGGAACACGAGGUGGAUGAUGAGGAUUUUUCGAUGAAAACGGCAACAUCAACUAUUCAGAAGAAAGACAGUUUUUGA